GUUUUUUCUUUUCGACUUUUUUCGAUUUUUGUUGUUGUUUUGUUGUUUUGUUGUGGGAUUGCUCAUCGUCGCCCACUUCACCACUUCACCACAACCGCACCACAAGCGCACCGAACCGCACCACAACACUCGCGUCGCUUUGCUUCAAGAACAAAAGAAAAACACCCACCCCCUCCCUCCCAUCUUGCCUCUCUUGCCUUCGAAACAAAUGGCCGCGGUCACCAACUUGGACACGGCAAGCGUCGUCAUGCCAGCAUUCGUCGCAUUGGACGACCCCUUUGCCGCGUCUGCUGCUGCGCACCCCUUCCCGCCGCCCUUCGACCACCCUGCUGGCAUGGAGGUCGACUACUUUGGCGAAUGCCGCCAGCUCUGGGAGCGCCUGCAGACCUCGCUGAGCCAAUCCGCGUCGCUUGCCGAGCGUCUCCUCCAAGCGCAGGCCGACGUUGCCCAGAUGGCCGCCAUUGCCUCCGCUGCCUCCGCUGCCGCCGCUGCUGCCAAUGCCACCGCGACGACCACUGCCACCAUCCCCUCGACGCUGCCGUCCUCAGCCGUCUUGUCGCCCUCGGUGCGCAUCUCGGUCAAGCGCACCUCGUCGGAGGCCGAGCUGUCUCUUCCCGCCGCCGCCAAUCCUCUGCCCCAGGUUGCUGCCUCUUCUGUCAAGAACGACGUCCUGCCCAAGCAGACCACUUCCGGCUCCAUUAGCUGGUCUGCUGCAGCUGAGCUAGAUCUUUUUGGCGCCUCCGCACAGUCCAACCCGGCUCCAACGGUGCCAUUCAAUGGACCUGUCUUGUCGUCGACGACCUUGUCGCGUCGGCUGCAGCGCAGCAGUUUGGACGCCAAGUCCGCUCCUGGCAUGUCGUUGGGGAUGCGACGCAAGAAGCUUCCGGCGACUACUCCUGCUAUUUCUCCUCCGACUUCUACUCCUAGUACUACUACUACAACUACUACUACAACUACCAGUACUACCACGAGCGCAAGCACAAGUCAGCCUGAGGAUGCCAAGCCUGCCACUGCGCCUCCCGCAAAGCAAGCUCGGACAGCCGCUCCCAAGCCCGACAACCGCGAUGAACCGCGCAAAGCUACCGCCGCAGCGAAAGAUGCGGGCACAUCCAGCAGCCCCAGCUCUUCCUUUGACAGCGAUUCCGACGACAGCUCGGGUUCCGACAAGCUCAACAGCGACGGCACGCUCAAGCCCAAGCGGGUUCGCCGCAACUUUGCUCAGCUCGACCGCAAGUUUAUGUGUCUGUUUGUCGAUUGUGGUCGCCUGUAUGCUUCCGAGGGCUCGUUGCACCAACACACCAAGAUCAAGCAUCCAAACUGGAAUCCGGGGCCGCUUGGGCGCUUCAAGUGCAUUGGCCCUCUCGACGCCGUGCCCACACAGCCUCGUGCCCCUCGCAAGCGCUCGCGCAACCCUUCUGGCGCAGCACGUCGUGUGACCAAGUCUGCAACCGCGACCGCCGCGACCACCGCGACCACCGCCACCGCCAAACCUACCGCCAAAGCUGCUGCUCCCGCUACUGCAGCCGCCGCAGCCGCCGCAGCCGCCGCAGCCGCCGUUGUCAAGUAUGGCCACGAGCAAAACACCAAGCCCUCCAACGCGCUCGAUGCUUUGUCGCAGAAGCAACCGCAGCCCGCUAGCGGCUCGCUCGACUCUAUCGAUUUCCUCUUUGACGUCUUGGACCAAAUGCCAGCGCCCUCAGCCGGCGCCCUCCAUCUCAACAAUUGCACCACGAUCGCUCGCCUCGCAGUGAGCAACAACACGACCGCGACGACGCUGGGCUUCUUGCUCUCCGUCGCCGCCUUCUCGAUCCGUCUGCCUUUACUCCAGUCCCUGCUGCACCAACAGCAGCAGGCGCAAGACUUGCAACACGACUCGUUGCAGGCAAUGCUCCAGCAGCAGCAGCAGCAGCAGCAGCAGCAGCAGCAGCAGCAGGUCGCUUCCCAAAGCAACCCAUCCUUCUUGUCUCUCCAACACAUGCAGGGCAACAUUUCGCCCGUCUCGUCUGUCUCUUCGUCUCUCGGAUUGGCAACUCCCCGCUCCCAGUACUCUCCCACCAACACCUCCGAGCUGACUGCCCGUCUCCUCAACCAGGUGCAACAGCAGCAGCAGCAGCAGCAACAGCAGCAACAGCAUCAGCAACAGCAUCAGCAACAUCAUCAACAACAUCAUCAUCAACUUCAGGGCAAGCUCCAAUGGCAGCACGCACCAGCGUCCCAUUUGUCCCCUCCAGCUUCUGCUGGCUCGUCCGUGUCCGACGCCAUGUUUGUCGACGGUUUUGCGGAAGCUGUGGUCUUCCCAACGGCCGGCACACACUCGGCAUACCCCUCCGCUUUCGUGUGGUGA